UAUAAAAGCAUUUGUGCCUCAGACAGCGGCAUUAUUCAGCUGCGUGUUCUUGCCACGACUUGACUCCACAACCCACUCAAAAUGUUCAAAUACUUCGUGUUCGCCGUCUGCUGCCUGGCCAGUGCUGCUGCCGCUCCGGGAUAUCUGGGCGGAUUGGGUGCUCCGUCGUUGCCGCUGGCCGCCGCUCCGGCCAUAUCCUACGGCCAUGCACUGUCCGCUCCAGCGUACAGCCAUGGCCUGACCGGCCCGUCGUAUGCCUCCUAUGGCCUGGCUCCCAGGAUUAGCUACGCCGCACCCGCGCUGGCACACGCUCCGCUGGCUGCUCCGGCCAUCUCUGCCUACGGACUGGGCCCGAGGCUCAGCUAUGCCUCGCCAGCCCUCGCCCACGCCCCUCUGGGCUUGGGUCCUGCUCCUCUGGGUCUGGGUCUGGCUCAUGGUCCCUUAGGCCUGUCUCACGGUCCCUUAGGACUGUCCCACGGUCCGCUGGGCGCUCCCCUGGGCUUGGGCUACAAGUCGAUUGUGGGACCCUCCCUGGCUGCUCCUUCCUACGGCCUGGCCCAUGGCUGGUAAACGGCUGCAGAUGCCACCUUCCAGCAUUUCCAUCGUUCCCAACUGGAGAGCAGAGAAGAGGGAGAUCUCCUCCUUAAAUUCGUGCUACAAAAACAAACCCAAAAACAUUGUUAAAGAGUGAA